AUGGGAUGUAUCUUGUUUCUCGACCCACCGAACAAUAACUAUUCGAUAUGCGUUUGUACUUUUGAUCAUAAUUCGAAGAAGGUCUAUCCAUGUUUCAACGCAACCGUAUGGUCUGACCACAUGUGUUCAUCAUGCCAGGCUGACGGUUUCUGUGAUAGUCCAUCUAAAGGUGGUAUGCGAUAUGCAUGUAACUGCAGAAAUCGAACUAAAUCUGAAGGAGUCGUAGACAAGCCCUAUUGUGUGGCAAGACAACUAAAGGGGAUUCGGAAACUCUGGAUCGAUUAUUCGAAUGAAACCUUCGUCUUACCAGAAAUACUCGAAACAACUCGGCUGUUAUUUACCACUCCUACUUCUACUACGACAACGACAUCACCUCCUGCUGCCAUGCACGCUAAGACAGCAACAAGUCGACCAAACCAAAGAGAAAUUGUCACUGCUCCGGAAACGAUCAAAGCGAUGGGUUUUGAG